GACGCAGACCUAUCUUUAAAGGCUGGGAAUCGGCCCUCAGGCGUUUCGACACAGCUGCCCUGGGCGGUCUGGAGAAUCGCUAAGGAGCAGGCAGCCCCUCACCUGAGCUGCCGCCAUGGGCCGCUACCGCAUCCGCGUGGCCACCGGGGCCUGGCUCUACUCCGGGUCGCACAACCGCGUGCAGCUGUGGUUGGUCGGGGCGCGCGGGGAGGCGGAGCUGGAGCUGCAGCUGCGGCCGGCGCGGGGCCAGGAGGAAGAGUUUGAGUGCGAAGUCGCCCAGGACCUGGGGCCACUGCAGUUCGUGAAGCUGCGCAAACUCCAUGCACUGGUGGACGACGUGUACUGUGACCGCGUCACCGUGCAGGGGCCUGGGGCCUCCGGGGAGGUGGCCUUCCCCUGCUACAGCUGGGUGCAGGGCCAGGGCGUGCUGACUCUGCCUGAGGGUUCCGCCCGUCUAGCUGGAGUCAACACAUCAGACAUGUUCCAGAAGCAUCGAGAGAAAGAACUGAAGGAAAGAAGACAGGUAUACUGCUGGGCCACCUGGAAGGAGGGCUUACCCCUGAUAAUAGCUGCAGACUCUACAGAUGAUCUACCCCCAAAUAUGAGAUUUCAUGAGGAUAAGAGGCUGGACUUUGAGUGGACACAGAAGGCAGGGGCUCUGGAGACUGUCCUCAAGCGUGUUUACACUUUCCUGAGCUCCUGGAACCAUGUGAACGAUUUUGAUCAGAUCUUCUGGGGUCAGAAGAGCGACCUGGCCGAGAAGGUUCGUGAGUGCUGGCAGGAAGAUGAGCUUUUUGGCUACCAGUUCCUCAAUGGUGCCAACCCCAUGCUGCUGAGACGCUCCACCUCGCUGCCCUCCAGGCUGGUGCUGCCCAUGGAGAUGGGGGAACUUCGGGCACAGCUGGAGAAAGAGCUCCAGAAUGGUUCCCUGUUUGAGGCUGACUUUAUCCUGCUGGAUGGAAUUCCAGCCAACGUGAUUCGAGGAGAACAGCAGUACCUGGCUGCUCCCCUUGUCAUGCUGAAGAUGGAGCCCGAUGGGAAGCUGCUGCCCAUGGUCAUCCAGAUCCAGCCCCCCAGCCCCAGCUCCCCCACCCCACCGCUGUUCCUGCCCUCGGAUCCCCCACUCGCCUGGCUCUUGGCCAAGUGCUGGGUUCGCAGUUCAGAUUUCCAGCUGCAUGAGCUCCAGUACCAUCUGCUGAACACUCACCUGCUGGCUGAGGUCAUCGCUGUGGCCACCAUGAGGUGCCUCCCAGGGCUGCACCCUGUCUUCAAGCUCCUGUAUCCACACAUCCGCUACACCAUGGAAAUCAACACACGGGCACGUGCCAAGCUCAUCUCAGAGGGGGGUAUAUUUGAUAAGGCAGUGAGCACAGGUGGCGGGGGCCAUGUGCAGCUGCUCCGUCGGGCCACAGCUCAGCUGACCUACCGCUCCCUCUGUCCUCCUGAUGACCUGGCUGACCGGGGUCUGCUGGGAGUUCCAAGUGCCCUCUACGCCCAGGACGCUUUGCGGCUCUGGAACAUCACUGCUCGGUACGUGAAGGGGACCGUCCAGGUCUUCUACCAUGGGGACGCGGCUGUGAGAGGAGACCCUGAGCUCCAGGCCUGGUGCCGGGAGAUCACUGAGGUGGGGCUGUGCCAGGCCCAGGACCGAGGCUUCCCUGUCACCUUACAGUCACAAAAUCAACUCUGUCAUUUCCUUACCAUGUGUGUUUUCACAUGCACUGCCCAGCAUGCAGCCAUCAACCAAGGCCAGCUGGACUGGUACACUUGGGUCCCUAACGCCCCAUGCACAAUGCGGUUGCCCCCGCCCACCACUAAGGAAGACGUGACAAUGGACACAGUGAUGGACUCACUACCUGAUGUCCGGCAGGCCUGUCUUCAAAUGACCAUCUCAUGGCAUCUGGGGCGCCGUCAACCAGACAUGGUGCCUCUGGCACAUCACAAAGAAAAAUAUUUCUCAGAGCCCAAGGCCAAGGCUGCACUAAAGCAAUUCCAAACAGAUCUGGAAAACUCUGAAAAGGAGAUUGUAGCCCGGAAUGAGCAAGCUGACCUGCCUUAUAAAUACCUAACGCCCAGCAACAUAGAGAACAGUAUUACGAUCUGAGGCCAACUUGGAGACUUCUCAUCAGCCCGAGGACUGACUGUGCCACUCUGAGUUUCAUCAUUCCCUAAGAAUCUGCUGCUAAGACUCUGUUUGCUCCCCCAGUCGGAUCCCCCAGAUCUACAUCCCACCAGCCCAGGGGUAAGCAGAUCUCUUCUGCAGAGGCCCAGUAAUAAAAUAAGCUCUGUAGGCCACUCA